AUGCUCCAGGUGGGCUUGAUGGAGCUUCUGCAGCACUGGGGAAUUAAGCCUGUUGCCACUGUGGGCUAUUCCGUUGGAGAGGUGGCUGCGGCCCAUUGUUCUGGCUUGAUCUCCUUGGCGGAUGCUGUCCAAAUCAUCUAUCACAGGAGCAGGCUACAGGCUAAGGUCACUGGAGGCAAGAUGCUGGUCGUGGGUAAUAUCCCUGUUCAGCAGGUGUCAGCAGCCCUUGAAGCAUAUUCAGGACAAAUCUCUGUGGCAGCCAUUAACAGCCCUCAGUCUUGUACAUUGUCAGGAGAGGCAGAGUCCAUCAGUGCCCUUCAAAAACAUCUGGCUGAAAAAUUCGGCAAAAGAAAAAUCUUUCUUCGUGUUUUAAAUGUGCCGGUUGCAUAUCACAGCCAUAUGAUGGAUCCAGUACUGACAGAGAUGGAAGCCAGUCUAUCUGAAUUAAAGAAAGGGAAGUUAGCCAUUGACCUAAUUUCUACAGCAACCGGGA